UAUGAAACGGUGGAAAUUCCUGCCGAAUAUAGUUCCGUCAAGCAUACGUAGAUCACUCCUCGUGGUAGGUGCAGUUCUUCGCUUCUCUUAAGACCGCGCCAGAAGGAAAGCAAAACAGAGACAAAAAGCAAAAAGAAAAGAGAGAGGUAGAAACAGAGAGAGAGAAAAAAAAGACAGCGAUGACAGGCGGUCUUAGAGUAGUGCCAACACCCCCCGGCAAGCCCCUGACGAAGGAUAUGCUAGAGGACGUGAGAGAAGCCCUUGGCACGUCGCGUCUGGAGCCCACGGGUGAGAUAGGUCGUGGCUACAUCAGCGAGGGAGAAGUUUACGCCACAGACACGGACAAAGUCUUCAUCAAGAGGAAUUCCGACAAGGAGUCCCGAAACAUGUUCAAGGGAGAAUUCGAGAGUCUGAGGGCCCUGGCGAACAGUGGAGUCAUAAAAGCCCCGACGCCCCAUGCCGUUGUCAGUGGUCCUGGAGGCGAGUCAGCCAUCGUUAUGGACUACGUGGAAAUGAGGCCAUUGAACCACAUGUCUCGGGAAUUUGGAGAGAGGCUGGCGAGGUUGCAUUUGCACAACACGAAUGACCUGAAGUGGGAUUUGCAAGAGGGUUAUGUUGGGUCACACGAGCGGCGGGUCACGCGGUUCGGCUUCCCUGUCAACACUUACUGUGGAUACAUGUCGCUUCUGAAUGACUGGUGUGAUGACUGGGAGGUAUUCUACGCCAGGCAACUUGACAACCAGUUCCGAAAAAUAACAAGAGUGUUUGGGAAUCGGGAAGCCAGCGAACUGUGGUCAGAACUGCAACUCAAAAUUCCAUCAUUUUUCGCCAAUGUGAAAAUCAAACCCUCCCUGCUUCACGGCGACCUCUAUUAUGGCAACACGGCAGAAACGAUCAACGGACCAGUGAUGUUCGACCCUGGCUCCUUGUACGGACACCAUGAGUUCGACUGUGUGAUCUCCACGACGUUUGGGUCCUUCAGCAGUGAAGUCUGGGAGGAAUACUACACGCGCGUUCCAAGGGCCCCAGGCUGGCACCCCAGGCAGAAGCUGUACAAGCUCUUCCACCUCGCCAACCAGUGGAAUCACUUCGGAAGCGAAAGGGCCAGCGUGUGCCUGCGAGAGAUGAAGGAGCUGUGCCACUUGGAGGAAUCACGGUCAGAGCCAGCGCCAGCGGGUAUUGUUCAGCCAGUGCCACCUCCGUCAUCGUCAUAAAACGUCCCUUUCAAUAAAGUCCCCUUCAUUACCAUUGCUAAGAGUGUUUGUGCAAAGGUUGGGAUUUCAUUGAGUCUCGCUUGUAUUGUUGUCGGUUGAAUGGGACCUCCAGAUGCACACGGGAAGGGCACCUGUUCUCGACGAGGGAUCGGGUGCUGGUUGAUAACAAUGAUGAUGAUGAUAGUGAAGAAAUGUUAUUGAUACUGAGGAAAUGUCAAAACGUUUGCUAAUAAUGAUAGGAAAGAUGUAUUCAGAAAAAUUUAAAACUCCUGCUUAUGAUUAUGAUAGGAAAGAAUUAUACUGAGGAAAUGUCAAAACGUUUGUUCAUUUGGUGAUGAAGAAAGGAAAGAUGUCUAUCGAUGUUAAGCGAUUAUCCAUGUAUUAAUGACAACAAGGACAUUUUAAAACGUUUAUCUAUUUAAUAUUAAUUAUAGAAAAAAUAGAUACACCAAACAAUUGUUAAAAAGUUUAGCCCUCUAUCCAUUUGAUAAUAGUGAUACUAAGGAAAUAUUAAGACGAUUAUUCAUUUACUUAAUUACAUGAUAAAGUUGUCUAUUUGGUGAUAAUGAUAAUGUUAAGCAAAUGCUAAAACGUUUAUCCACAUGAUAAUUAAGAAGUGUCAUUGUUACUGAGGACAUUUUGAAACGUUUUAAUAUCUGGUAAUAAUUAAUACUGAGGAAAUGUUAAAACGUUUAACAAUUUUGUAAUAAUGAUAC